GGAAACGGUUGUUUCUGCUACCCUUGUGCAAACUGAUUAUAGUCUGUAGUAGAGUUGAGGUGACAAUUGUGAAGUUUUCGGGUAUUUCCAUCUACUGUGUCGAGCUUUCUUUAAUCAAUCUGGCGUCUGUCCUCGUGUAAACGUAGAGGUAGUGCACCUUGUGUGUACACUUUCGAAAAAAGGCGAUGGGGUCCUCUAAAAAACACAAGGAAAAGGACCGCGAACGGGAUCGGGAACGAGACAGGGAGCACAAGAAGCAUAAACACAAGGAGAAAGAGCGAGAAAAGGAUAAGGAGAAAGACGGCAAGGAGAGGGAAAGAAAAAAAAGAUCUAGAUCCAGAGAGCGCACCAGGGGAGGCGAGAAAGAUGGCAAGAGUCGAACAGAACGAGGAACAGAGCCUAAAAUCAAAAAGGAAAAGGUGGAUGAAGCUUAUGAAGCGGCCACUGCCCCCAAGUCAGCAUCUGGAGAUGCAUCACUCAGCAUUGAAGAAACAAAUAAGUUAAGAGCAAAGCUGGGAUUAAAACCACUGGAAUUAAAUGAGUCCAAAAAGGAGACUGGUACCAAGGAAGAGCCUGUUAUGGCAGAGCUGAUUAACCCAGUUUACCUCAAGCAGCAAGAAGAACUGCGUGAAAAGUUGGCCGCCCUGAAGGAGAAACGCCUUCUUAACCAAAAACUUGGAAAAGUGAAGACCCUGGCAGAGGAGGAUUCAUGGCUCGAUGACACUGUAGCCUGGGUGGAAAGGAGUCGUAAGUUGGCCAAAGAAAGAGAGCUUGCAGAGAAACGGGCCAAAAUGCUGGAGGAAAUGGACGAGGAAUUUGGAAUCAGUAAUUUGGUUGCAGAGGAGUUUGGCCAGAAAGAAAAGGAGGCUUACACAUCAAAAGAUUUGAAGGGUUUGACUGUCCAACAUAAAAUUGACUCUUUUCAAGAAGGGCAAACUAUGAUUUUGACACUUAAAGACCAAGGAGUCCUAGAAGAAGAUGAUGAUGUUCUUGUUAAUGUGAACCUCGUGGACAAAGAGAAGGCAGAGAAAAAUGUUGAAUUGAAGAAGAAAAACCCAAAUUAUAAAGCAUAUGAUGAGGAAGAAAGUGUAGACGAUCUAGCUGUUUUUAAGCCAAAGUCUGUGUUAUCAAAGUAUGAUGAGGAGAUUAAUGGAGAGAAAAAGAAGUCUUUCAGACUAGAAGAUGGUGGGCAUGCAGAUGCUUCCUGGGAAAGGGAGCUGCAGCAUAUCAAAGAUACUCUCCGUAACCAAGCACAGACCCUGGAAAUGCCUAGUCUGACAUUGGCAUCUGAGUACUACACGACUGAUGAGAUGGUUUCAUUUAAAAAGACCAAACGGCGAGUUAAGAAAAUACGCAAGAAAGAAAAGCCAUUAAAAGCUGAAGAUCUCCUUCCUCUUGGAGAAGAACAGCGACAUGACUUUGGCUCCAGAUCUCGAGGUCGUGGACGACGACGACGGGACUCUGAAGAUGAGAAACUAGAGGAAGAUGACUCGGAAGAUGUCCUACAGAAGUCUGAUGAUACUAGAGUUGAGAACAUGGACAUAAGUGAUGACGAGACUUUUGAAGUUCCUGAAACAUUUGUCAUUACUGAGGAAGAUGAAGCUGAGGCUGAGCUAGAAAAACAGCUUGAGAAACAAAGAAAGCUCCAACAGAAGCGGAUGUUGAAAGACUCUGCAGAGAAGGUUGUCACAGUUGUAAAACAAUUUGAGUCAAGCACCUCUCAAGACCUAGAGAAAAAGAAUAACAUUGUGUUCAAUGCAACAUCUGAAUUCUGCCGUGCACUUGGAGACAUACCAACAUAUGGCCUGUCUGGGAAUAGGGAAGAUCAGGAAGAUCUUAUGGAUUUUGAACGAGAUGAUGAUAAGUCUCAAGGUGGUGGCUCUGAUGAGGACAUGGAUGAAAAUAUUGGAUGGAGUAUGGUCAACCUGGAUGAAGAGCAGAAGCAGCCAGAUUUUUCCACUGCAUCCACAACAAUUCUGGACGAGGAACCCAUUGUGAACUCUGGACUUGCGGCUGCCCUGUUAUUGUGCAAAAACAAAGGUCUUUUGGAUACCCAAAUGCAGAAAGUGGCUCGAGUGAAAGCACCUAAGGGAGCUCUGCCAAAUGCACUGUAUUGCAUUGAGGAUAAAAUGGCAUUUGAUGAUAAGUAUAGUCGUCGUGAAGAGUACCGUGGCUUCACUCAGGAAUUCAAAGAGAAGGAGAGCUAUAAACCGGAUGUAAAGAUCGAGUAUGUCGAUGAUACAGGACGCAAACUGACCCCAAAAGAGGCAUUCCGGCAGCUUUCACACAGAUUCCAUGGUAAAGGAUCAGGUAAAAUGAAGACAGAAAGGAGAAUGAAGAAGCUAGAAGAAGAGGCGCUGCUGAAGAAGAUGAGCUCUAGUGAUACUCCGCUGGGUACGGUUGCACUUCUGCAGGAGAAGCAGAAAUCCCAGAAGACUCCCUACAUUGUCCUCAGUGGCAGCGGCAAGAGUAUGAAUGCGAAUACAAUUACAAAGUGAGUUUGAACUUGUGACGUUAAGGGCUUCGGAAGGCAUAUUGCCCUACUUUGCCUGCUAUCUUGACAAUUUGUUGGAUUUCUCCAAAAUUUUGAAAGCAAGACUGUAAAUAAAAAUUAAAGCAAUUUCCACUGUAUAGAUGUUGGAGUAAAUAAUAUACCCACCAACGAUCUACUUUAAGUGUUAAAUAGUUUUGCUUUGUUAUGUUUUUGAGGGGCCAUUCUUGGAACAGUUCCACUUAAAGUACCCUUUUCAAUGGGGGGUGGCAGUGCUUUGUUUUCUUAGCUGCUUUGGAGAGCAGAACACACACAAGUAAGGCUCGUGAAGGCGCCGCAGGUAGGCAGGUUGAUGUGUAGCUGAUGGUGAAUGUUACGCAAGACGGCUACAGAUGUCCAGGAAUCCUGUAAGUUUGCGUGUGGACAGCUUUGUGUUGGAUUGACGUAAAACCGGAGUUUCUCUGGAGUUAAACCCACAUAAAACUAAACUCUGUGAUGGUGUUGUGUGACAGUAACAAGGUUCUGCUUUCAUUCCUGGCUAAAAUUAUUACAUUUUAAUGUAUUUUGUACAGCUGUAGAGUGAAAUAAAUUAAGGUCAUUAUAA